GGUACUUGUUAUGGCUAAAAUAAAAACGUCCAAUCUGGCAACACCAGUCACCAACACAGCCAGCCAACUCGGGGACGAAUAGAAUCCAGACUGUAGUUCACCGAUCGCCCAUCUUUUCUGACAUCACAGCGUGCCAAAAACUCAGACUGAAACCGGGCCAAUUACUGGUCCAACUUGCUGACGCCUGACCUCGACCACCGAACCUACGCCCUCCGCCAUCGGCUUCUAAUUUUGCGUUCUGCCUUCAGUCUUCCCCACUACUUGCUGAGUUAUUCCAUGUCAUGGAUGUCCCCGUUGCUUGUAAAGGAAGGUUGAAAUAAGCUUUGCAGAAGUGUGAGUUCUCUAUGCAAUUGAGUGUUCCAUGAGUGCAGUUGAAAGAGAGAAAUGUGAUUUUGUGAGGACACAUCCCCCUCCUCCAGUUUGCUAAGGAAUAAAAUGGGUAAUGCUCCAUCGACGCUUACCCAAUAUGAUAUUGAAGAAGUCCAAGAGCAUUGCAAUAAAUUAUUUAGCCAGCAAGAGAUAGUCUCUUUGUAUCAAAGGUUUUGUCAACUUGAUCGGAGUGCCAAUGGUUUUAUUUCAGCUGAUGAGUUUAUGGCUGUGCCAGAGUUUGCAAUGAAUCCCUUAGCUCAGAGGUUGCUGAAAAUGGUGGAUGGUUUAAAUUUUAAGGAUUUUGUUGCGUUCUUAUCUGCAUUUAGUGCCAAAGCAAGCAUUGAGCACAAAGCUGGACUUAUUUUCAAGGUUUAUGAUUCGGAUGGCAAUGGAAAAGUGACUUUUACUGACAUAUUAGAAGUGCUAAGUGACAUGACAGGGUCAUUCAUGUCUAAUGAGCAAAGACAGGCAGUCUUGACGCAGUUGUUGGAGGAGGCUGGCUACGCAAGGGAGUCAUAUUUGCUUUUGGAUGAUUUUAUAAAGAUUUUCGCAAAUUCUGAACUAAAAAUGGAGGUAGAGGUCCCUGUAGACUAAGCAACUUCACGAAGAAAAAUAUUUAAAAUUUCAUCAUCAGAAUUAGACGUUGCUGGAAUAUAUUUUGUGGAGCAAUUGCGACAAUAGAUGGAUGCGGACACUUUGUUGUGCGUCUUUAAAAUCAAUCUUUGCGUCUGAUCAGUUGCACUGGACGUAUAUUUCUGGCUCUGUUUUCUUAUUUUAUUUGUGCAAUGAGGAGCUGCUAGAUUCUGUCUGUUACUCUAUGAUUGUAUAGCAUCUAUUGAUGCCUUUGGGUUGUAUUUUGAGGGCAUACACUGGGUUGGAUAGAUAGGUUUUUGAACAUCCAAUGUGUCUUUAUACAUACACUUGCUCCCCUUUAUUCGACUAGUCGGAGACGAUUUAAUUCUGAUGAAUGCAUAUGUAUUACCGCUCUAA